AUGUCCCGUCAUCGACAUCUGACGCUGCUGUUGGAGGGAAAGCUUCUCUUCAGCCUAGGCGAAGCUCGGUCACCGAAAGGGAAAUCGAGGCUGUGACUGGGUGGCUGCUUUUUGACGGACCAGGAAGCCUGCAAUGAAGCAGUUGAAAGGCCGAUUUCGAUUUGGUUAUUGCGUGUUUGUCACCAGUCGCC